AUGACCCAGAAUAGGGGUAAAAGUACAGCUAUGGCCGAGACGAUAAGGAGUAUCCCUUAUCACGCGUUCAAUCAGCAUGAAAAAUGCGGCCAAUGGUGUGGAUACGUGAAAGACAAGGAAAAUUAUAAUCACAGAAUGAUUCCAAAUGGCUUUAAAUUAUUUGAGGUACUUAAGGAAGUCUUUGAUAAACUGGCAUCAAAUGCAAAAAAAUUUUCUGUAGACGCCUCCACAUCAACCGAUUAUCGAUACGCUUCUGUUGUUAGGCAAAAGAACAUUAAAGAAAGUUACCCUCAAAUAGUUGCAAAAAUGUUGACAUUGUCGCCUGGUAAACAUCAUUCCAAGCAGAGCUUCUCUACGAUACCAAAGAGAACUUUCAGAAGGUGUUACUUACAAAGUAAUUCUGCUUUAUUGAAAGAGCCAGCCGUACAAAUAAAUAAAGAAGUGAGUGACGAAGGUACUAUGGAAGAAGAUAUUCCCAUAGUAUAUCUUGACCUCGCAACCUCAGGAUUUCAAAGAAAUUGCGAUAUUUUGCAAAUGGCAGCCAAAUGUGGUAAAAAUUCUUUCAACGUUUAUAUUACACCUAAUCAAGAGAUUUCUGCAGCUGCCACUGCAGUACAUGGUCUUCGAAAAUGUCAAGCAGAGUUAAUAUUGUAUGGUAAACCAGUUCCUUCAGUUCCACCAAGGCCUACAAUAACAAAUUUGUAUCAAUGGUUAAUUUUAUUAAAAAAGAAAUGUUAUAUAGCGGUACAUAAUUUGAGUUUUGAUAGACCAAGAUUGAUUGAUUUAAUAACAGUUUAG